CCUCUGGAGACCAGGGGCCUUAACAGGUGUUCACUUCCUUCCCUUUUCAAGUCAUGAAUUAACUUGGAGGAAGCGUAGUUUUUGGUUCAAUUUUUGUUGUACAUUUCCCUACCUGAAAUUUUCCUUCAUCAAAAUCAAAGUCUUGGGCAUCCAGAAGAGUUGUCCUCAGUAUUUCAGAUACCUCAAAGUCCUUCUUCCUUGGAUGAAUGUCAUCAUUUUCCCUCACUUGUCUUGGACAGCAACCCAGGUAAAAUGAGUCUGGCUUCUUCCGAAUCAAACCUAGAUCAAAUGGGAGAGAAAGGAGAGGAGCCUGGGAGCUCAUCAGAAAGCAUGAAACCGUCUUCUUCUCGAAGCAGGAGGAAGCCCACCAAUGUAACAAAGCACACAGAACAGAAAGACUCUGACGCCUCGACUAACAGCGAAAACGAAGGAGCCACUUCUGACAGUAACACAGGCAGCGGAUCUAAAGGCACUUUAGUGAUAAAACCGAGUGGGAAUGAAAGCAAAGGUGCCAUGAAGCUCAGAGUGGAUUUCAAACAGAAAAAAACAGAUGAUACCCUGGAGAAGAAAGUUAACUGCACAGCCUGCGGAAAACAAGUAAACCAAUUUCAGCGCAACUCUGUGUACGAGCAUCCUAUGCUCAAAGUACUCAUUUGCAAGUCAUGUUUCAAAUACUACACAAGCGAUGACAUCGGCCGGGAUUCUGAUGGGAUGGAUGAGCAAUGCAGAUGGUGUGCUGAGGGUGGAAAGCUAAUCUGCUGUGACUACUGCAACAACGCUUUCUGCAAGAAGUGCAUACUGCGCAACCUGGGCAGGAAGGAACUGUCCAACAUCACGGAUGAGAACUCCAAGUGGCACUGCUACGUGUGCCGGUCCGAGCCCCUCCAGGAUCUGGUCUCUAACUGCCACAGCAUCAUGCAGAGAAAAGAGGAAGUGGAAAUGAAGCAAAGAAAAACAGAUAAAGCUGAGGAGCGUGAAGGCAAGAAAGAGAAGAAGAAAUCCCCCAAGGAACAGAAAGCAAUCGCAAAUGGGAAAGAACACAGUGAAGGCUUGGGGACCAUGACGUUCUCCUAUAAAAAUCUGCAGAUACCCAAAGAUCUAAUCAAGAAGACAAAGAAGCUUGUUGAAACUACAACUGGGUUAAAUAACACUUUCAUUCAGUUCAUCCAGCAGGCGACCGACGACCAGGCAGACGCCACCAUCAGGUAUCGACAUUUGAAAGCCUUCAAGGCGGUGCUCUCAGAUCUGAGGAAAGCCCACAAUGCCUUGGAAGAGGCUUUGAAGCCUGAGUUCAGAAACAUGGAGCUGCAGAAUGGUACCGAAGGGCAACAUGUGAGAAAGACUGGCAAUGUUGUGGAACCUGCAGAAAACAAUGAGAUGGAUUGUUCUGCAGAUUCACUUCCUGGUGAGGACGGUGAGCAGCUUAAUGAAGUCAAGCCAAUUUGUGACGCAGAAGAAAUGAAGGAGUCUAAGCAGCCGCCUAAUGAGAAUGAUUCAGUCUGUAAAUCUGGCAAAACCAAAAAGGUGUCAAAGGAGCAGGACAGUAUAGGAGAUUUAGUUGGUAAGAUGGAAACGGUUGAAGAGCUGCCUAACGAAAUAGAGGUUUCAAGAAAAGAGUCGCCCAAAAAGCCGUCAAAUGAAACAGAUUCAGUUGAUGAAACAGAAACGAUGGACGAAGGGGUGAAAGAGUUGGAUAACCAGCAGGACAUGAAGUCAGAAGACGAAGUGUCCAAUAAGCCUGAAAUGGAAGACCACCAAACAGAAACAAGCGUCCCCAAAAAGACAAUUAAGAGCGAGGUCUUUGACGGUGAGCCAGUGUCUACUGCUGAAACGUCCCUGGAUCACGACAUUAUGUCUGUUCCUCCUUCAGUUCCUGAGGAGCUUUUCCAGAUGGUGGAGAGUCUCGCUGACUCCUCCAUGCUCUCACAGACUGAUACCAGUUCAGCGAAAGACGUGGAUACAAAGUCAAAUGAGCAUCCUCCAGAAACUCAAUGCCCCCAACCCAGAGUUAAGAACCUGAUAGUCAAACUGACUCCUGUACCAGUUGUCAAAAGCAGCAGUUCUAGGUCCUCUAGGUCAAAGGACAAAGAAAACACAGAACAGUCGAGCAAGAGUAAGGAAAAAGACAAGGAUAAGAAAGACUCUGAUUCUAGUAGAGCAGAAGAAGCUGAUAGCCCACCACCGACCCGCCGCUCCAGUAGGGUGAAGACCACUCCUUUAAGGAAGCAAGGAGAAAAUAAAGGCAAGAAGGACUCCUCUGAGUCAGAAUCUGACGGAGACAGCAAGGCCAGGGUCAAGCUAUCAAAGAAACCCAGUAACACUAAAAAAGAGACCAAACGUUCAGCAAAAACAUCGGAAGACUCUGACUCAGACGAAGUUCCUCCUGUUCUACUGGAGAAAGCUGCAACAGGCAACAGCAGCACGGACGAGGAACGGGAAAGCACGACUAAAAAGCGUCUCUUCAAAUCAGACACGUCCUCAAAGGACGCAGAGACGCUAACCAAACGCAAACGGAAGUCCGAAAGCUCAGGUUCAGAUGCAGAGAAUAAAGACAAGAAGACGUCCAAGAAGAAGAAGAAGAAACAAGCCAGCUCAGACAACUCGAACUCUGAUUCAGAUGGAGAGAGUAAAAACAAGAAAACGUCCAAGAAGAAGCAGCAAGCCAGCUCAGACAACUCGGACUCUGAUUCAGAUGGAGAGAGUAAAAACAAGAAAACGUCCAAGAAGAAGAAGCAGCAAGCCAGCUCAGACAACUCGGACUCUGAUUCAGGUGGAGAGAGUAAAAACAAGAAGACGUCCAAGAAGAAGAAGCAGCAAGCCAGCUCAGACAACUCGGACUCUGAUUCAGGUGGAGAGAGUAAAAACAAGAAGAUGUCCAAGAAGAAGAAGAAACAAGCCAGCUCGGACAACUCGGACUCUGAUUCAGGUGGAGAGAGUAAAAACAAGAAGAUGUCCAAGAAGAAGAAGAAACAAGCCGGCUCGGACAACUCGGACUCUGACUCAGAUGUGGAGAGUAGGAGCAAAGCAGUCACUGCUAGGAGGAGGUCUAGCCGCGUCAAGAAACAGGAGAACUCCAAGGGCAGUGGAAAAGACUUGUCUGAUAAGAAGCAGAAGCGAUCUUAUGAAAAGAAGCGGAAGGGAAGGAGCCCAAAAGCUGCCUCCAAGCUACAAUCUUCAUCUGAGGAGGAGGAGGAGGAAGAGGAGGAGGCUGGAGGCGACUCCGGAGAGGAUAGUGACCAGCAAAAGAUCAAACCCAUUGUGGAGGAUAAUGUACUUGGAGGCAGUGGAGUCUUCAAUCAGUCCUCAGGAGACGAGGUAGACACUAAAGACGAUUCUCAAGUUUUUGAAGACGACGACGACGACCCUGAGAACAGGAUUGCAAAGAAAAUGCUUCUUGCACAAAUAAAGUCCAGUUACUCUUCAGGAGCAGAAAGCUCCUCUGACAACGAAGAGGAAGACGCAARAAAGAAAUCCUCCAAGAAAGCUAAAAAAGGAAAAGAGGACGACGAAGAGGAACAAGACAAUGAAUUUACAGAAGACUCCGAGUCUGACGUCGAUGUGAAGAAGCGCGGCAGUCGGCACAAAUUGCUCCGUCAUAAGCUCUCCUUGAGCGAGGGUGAAUCUGGAGACUCGAGCAAGGAGAAGAAGAGCAAGGGCAGCAAGAAAAAGUCUUCACGUAAAGUUGGCAGCGACGACUCUGAAGACUCAGACUUUGAGAAGUCAGCGUCUGGUUCUGCGUCGGGGAUGAGUGAGGAGGUCAGUGACUCAGAGGUGGACAGCAAGCGUCGAAAGACCAGAUCAGCAAAGAAGAAGGAAGAUGAGAAUCAGAGGAGCUACAAACAGCAGAAAAAGAAGCGACGCAGAAUCAAAGUUCAGGACGACUCCUCCAGCAAUAACGAGAAGAGCGGAGAGGAAGAUGGUGAGGAUGGAGAGGGGCGCAAAGGCCGGAAAAAGAUCCGYAAAAUCCUCAAGGACGACAACUUGAGGACAGAGACGAGAGACGCUCUGAAGGAGGAAGAGGAUAGGAGGAAACGCAUCGCUGAGAGGGAGGCGCUCAGGGAGAAACUCAGAGAGGUGGUUGUAGUAGAAGAAGCCUCCCAGGUGGCCUGCCCCAUCACCACCAAGCUGGUCCUGGAUGAAGACGAAGAGACCAAGGAGCCGCUGGUUCAGGUGCACAAGAGCCUUGUCACAAAGCUCAAGCCUCAUCAGGUCGAUGGUGUUCAGUUUAUGUGGGACUGCUGCUGCGAGUCUAUGAAAAAGAUUCAGAAAUCUGCAGGCUCUGGCUGCAUCCUGGCUCAUUGCAUGGGUCUAGGAAAAACUCUACAAGUGGUGGCGUUCCUCCACACCCUGCUGCUCUGUGAAAAGCUCGACUUUAGCACAGCUCUAGUGGUUUGUCCCCUCAACACUGUUCUUAACUGGCUCAAUGAGUUUGAGAAAUGGCAGGUGGGACUGAAGGAUGAGGAGAGCCUCGAGGUAACAGAGCUAGCCACAGUUAAGAGGCCUCAGGAGCGAGCCUAUGCUCUCCAGCAGUGGCAGGAGUCGGGUGGCGUUAUGAUCAUAGGUUAUGAGAUGUACAGAAAUCUGACGCAGGGACGAAACAUCAAGAGCAAGAAGCUAAAAGAGACGUUUCAGAAAACGCUUGUGGAUCCAGGUCCAGACUUGGUGAUCUGCGACGAAGGCCACAUUCUGAAGAACGAGGCUUCUGCUGUCUCCAAAGCAAUGAACUCGAUCAGGACGAGGAGGAGGAUCGUCCUGACUGGAACACCUCUGCAAAACAACCUCAUUGAAUACCACUGCAUGGUGAACUUCAUCAAGGAAAACUUGCUCGGGUCGGUCAAGGAGUUCAGAAACCGCUUCAUUAACCCCAUUCAGAACGGCCAGUGCGCCGACUCGACGCUGCAUGACGUCCGGAUUAUGAAGAAGAGGGCGCACAUCCUCUACGAGAUGCUGGCCGGCUGCGUUCAGAGGAAAGAUUACUCGGCGCUCACCAAGUUCCUGCCUCCCAAACACGAGUAUGUGCUGUCGAUCAGAAUGACCCCGCUCCAGUGCAAACUCUACAGACAUUACCUGGAGCACUUCACAGGUGUGGGGAAUGCUCUGGAAGGGGGCCGGGGCCGAGCGGGAACCAAACUCUUCCAGGAUUUCCAGAUGCUCAGCAGGAUCUGGACCCAUCCCUGGUGCCUUCAGCUGGACUACAUCAGUAAAGAAAACAGGGGUUACUUCGACGAAGACAGUAUGGAUGAAUUCAUUGCUUCAGAAACUGAGGAAUCCUCCAUGAGUCUGACCUCGGAGGAUGAGAAGGCAAAAAAGAAAAAGAAGCAGGGAAAAGGGAGGAAGAAAGGUUCCGACGACUCGGACAGUGACGAGGUGGAGGUCAUCAAGGAGUGGAACAGCAGCUCUCGUGGCAGGAACGGAGAAGGUCGAAGCCAACCUGAGCCUGUUGAAGAACCAGCCCGGGCAGCCAACUCCACGCCAGGGAGUCCCUGCUCUGCCGACUGGUACAAGGAAUUUGUGACAGAAGCUGACGCUGAAAUCCUGGAGCACUCAGGAAAGAUGACGCUGCUCUUUGAGAUCCUGCGCAUGGCUGAGGAAACGGAAGAUAAAGUGUUGGUGUUCAGUCAGUCGCUCAUCUCUCUGGACCUGAUAGAAGAUUUUCUAGAACUUUCCUGCAGAACAGAGGAGGAUGAAAAACUUUCUCCAUACAAAGGUGAAGGAAAAUGGUUCAGGAACAUCGACUAUUACCGCCUCGACGGCUCCACCAACGCCCCCACCAGGAAGAGGUGGGCCGAGGACUUUAAUGACACCAGUAACACGAGGGGGCGUUUGUUUCUUAUAUCCACCCGAGCCGGUUCUCUCGGCAUCAACCUGGUGGCCGCCAACAGGGUCAUCAUCUUUGACGCCUCCUGGAAUCCCUCGUACGACAUCCAGAGUAUCUUCAGGGUGUAUCGCUUUGGCCAGGUCAAACCGGUUUACGUCUACAGGUUCCUUGCUCAGGGCACAAUGGAGGAGAAGAUUUAUGAACGGCAAGUGACCAAGCAGUCUCUGUCGUACAGAGUAGUGGAUCAGCAGCAGAUCGAGAGACACUUCACCAUGAACGAGCUGGCUGAGCUCUACACCUUCGACCCAGACAUGCUGGACGAUCCUUCAGAGAAGAAGAGCAAGAGAGCAACUCCGAUGCUUCCAAAGGAUCCCCUCCUCGCCGAGAUGCUGCAGAACAACAAGGACCAGCUUGUGUGUUAUCACGAACACGACUCCCUGCUGGACCACAAGGAGGAGGAAGCCCUCAGCGAGGAGGACCGCAAGGCGGCCUGGGCCGAGUACGAAGCAGAGAAGAAGGGCCUGUCGAUGAGGACCAACUACGCUUCGAACUACGCUCAGCCAGAUAUGGGCACAUCUAACUACUUCUCCUUCAAUAUGGCAGCUUUGGCCACCAUGUCCAACCAGCAGCUGGAGGACCUCAUAAACCAGGGACGGCAGAAAGUCAUUGAAGCAACAAACGCUUUGAAAGCCUUAGCUCGGGAGUCGAUGGAAGACAUCAUUGCCAGAAUAUGGAAGGACAACCCAACGCUCACAGAGAGCCAGGUCCAGGCGCUCUCGCUGAGGCACCAAGCCACCGUGGAGAUGGAGCUCAAGCGCAGGGAAGGCAUUUACAGAGAGGUCCUCAAYAGGCAGCAAACGCUGAUGGUGUAUGUCCAGAAGCUGAUCACCAACAGGAAGGUGCAGGAGCAGCAGCUGGCCAUGGCCAACCAGGCCACCUACCUGAACCAGCUGGCCCUGCAGAACGGCAUGAUGGCAGGCGGGAUGAGCCAAAUGAAUCUGCUCGGGCUUUACCAGCGCCUCCACGGCAUGGGUGGCAAUCAAGGCGGCGGCAAGAACCCGGGCCCCUCACAGGGCAUGUAGGGUCAGCUCGGGCCCUCUUUUCACCCCACGAGUGGACAAUCUGGUUCCCAGCAGCCCCCCCUGCUGUCUGUGACGAAACUCGCUGUGAGACCACUCGGAGCUCAAAUGUAACCAAGCAGAGACUGCUGUCUGCUGGGGCCUCUGAUUGAAUAGUGUUGUGUUGUUCACUAAGAGACAGUAAAUAUAAUGUAUACAUGACUGUGUUAAAGGUUUGUCCAGAAGGUUGACCGGAGGAAAAAAAAAAAAUGUAUAUACCACCUUUAUGUUAUUCAAGAUCUGUAGAAUCACUUUUCAUGUAUUUAACAAAACAAACCUGUUUUACCCCCAAUGCUUUUUAGCAUUGUAUUGUUUUCCCCUUCAGAAAGGGUUUCCUUGUUAUUUAAACUCAGUUUUUUUAUACGGUUUUAAAUGCCUACCAACAUCCGAGUGGGACCACAACCAUUGGUUACAGAACUACAGGACAAGAUACGCUUUGAUUAUUAAUGAUUCCUCAUCAAAAACCUAACAAACUAGAACAGCUGUUGGUGCUGCAAAGUCCUGCUUAUUUCAGGAGGUAGAAGAAGCUAAAAAUGUCAACAAAAAGAGAAAAAAAAAAAGGCCUUAUAUAAUUUCCUAAAAAAAGAAACAAAAAAAAGGAUCUCUGUAAAAACUUGAGAUUUGUUGUGAAUAUUUUCUAUUCUGCUUUUAAGUGUUUACAUUAGUUGUUGCUGAAAAUGUUAAUGGAAUGCUUGUGUCGUCCAGAACUGCCUGCUGGCUCCGAUGAUCUUUUUUGGAACAUCAUUCUUAUUGUUACGUGUUGCCUAGCAUAGCACUGCGUGUUCCUGCUCAUUCAUUUACUUUUUUUUUUGUUUUGUUUCACCUGUGUUGAUUUCCCCCAGUUGGGUGGGUUUGCAGGGCCUUGCGAAGCUCGGGCCUCUUCAGCUAGGUGUCACAGGGCCCAAAACUUUGCUCCGAAUCUGUCUUUGACAUUUCGAAAUAUCCCUUUCAGAAUGGACUUGACAGGAGGAGCGAACGACUGGAAUUCUUAUUAUACGCGGCUGAUUUCGUCCGGUGCUUUGUGAGUAAUGCUCUCCUGGACGCUGAAGUUUCACCAGGCAGGGUCCCCGGACGACUUGUAUUCUACUUUGGCACAUUCUUUCUUCUAAGAGCUUAAACCGGUGUCGCCAUUUAGCAAAAGGAAGGUGGACUGUUCUCACCAAGAGUUGACUUCUAUGUUUGCACAAGCUGUGUUUUCUAAAUGUAGAAUAAGUUACUUCGCCCAUUAUCGAAGAAUGUUCUUGCGUUAGCAGAUACACCGAUGUGUUUUGCCAUUAACGAACUGCUAUAAUCUUCAUAAGUAUUUAAUAUAACAUUUAAUAAAGUGACCAAAACAAUGAA